AUCAUUCUGCUAAGUACAUCGGUUCGGUUCAUUAGUUUUCUUAAGUGAACCGCGCACUGCCUCGAGUAGUGGUCCAAAUCCGUGUGCAACCGCAUCCCGUUCCGAGCGUGUUUGAACAGCAGCCGACGAAAGUCGUCAACCGAUCCCGUUUCUUCAAUACCGCAGGAAUACCCGAAACGAGCAUGAGAUCCCAGCAUAAGCUCACGGCACUGGUGGUGCUGUGCUGUGCCCUUGGGCCAGCAUUCGCUUCGGUAGUGAAACGAGAAGCACCUCUUCCUGGUGGUAGCUAUCUACCUCCUUCGAACGGAGGAGGUGCCGGAGGCUAUCCAGCAGCUGGUCCACCAAGCGGAAGUUACGGUCCCCCAAGUGGCGGAUCGGGUGGUGCCGGCGGAUAUCCAUCUGGUGCUGGCAGUUCCCCAUCUCAGCAGUACGGUGCCCCAUCGCAGGGAGGUAGCUUCGGCGGACAAGCUCCGUCACAGCAAUACGGUGCCCCAUCAGCUCCUUCGCAACAGUAUGGUGCUCCUUCGGCGCCUUCCCAGCAGUACGGUGCUCCUUCCAGCGGUAACGGAUUCGGAAGUCGUGCUCCUUCUCAGCAGUACGGUGCUCCAAGCAGCAACGGUAACGGAAAUGGCCACGGUUCCAAUGGACACGGUGCCUCUCGCCCAUCUCAGCAAUAUGGAGCUCCUUCUCAACAAUACGGUGCCCCAAGCAACGGAAAUGGAAACGGCUUUAACGGUGGUUCUCGCCCAUCCCAGCAAUACGGAGCUCCAUCUUCCGGUGCUCCUUCUCAGCAGUAUGGUGCUCCAUCGCAACAGUAUGGCGCUCCAAGCAGCGGUAGCGGAUCGCGUCCUCAGUCUCCAUCCCAGCAGUACGGUGCUCCUUCCGGUGGCGCCCCAUCUCAGCAGUACGGAGCCCCAUCCGGCGGCGCUCCUUCGCAACAAUACGGUGCCCCGUCUCAGCAGUAUGGUGCCCCAGGAGCCGGAUCUCGUCCUCAGACCCCAUCUCAGCAAUAUGGUGCUCCUUCGGGUGGUGCCCCAUCUCAGCAGUAUGGAGCCCCAAGCAAUGGACAGAGCUCCUUCGGUGGAUCUCGCCCUCAAGCCCCAUCUCAGCAAUAUGGAGCUCCUUCCCAGCAAUACGGUGCUCCAGGAGCUGGAUCUCGCCCACAAACCCCAUCUCAGCAAUACGGUGCCCCAGGAGCAGGAUCUCGUCCGCAGUCUCCAUCCCAACAGUACGGUGCUCCAUCUUUCAAUGCUCCAUCCCAGCAAUACGGUGCCCCAUCUGCUAGCGCCCCAUCUCAACAAUAUGGAGCUCCUUCAUCCGGUGCCCCAUCUCAACAGUACGGUGCUCCUUCCGCUGGUGCCCCAUCCCAGCAAUAUGGUGCUCCUUCCAGUCCAUCUCAACAGUACGGUGCUCCAUCUGCCUCAUCUCGUCAAUCGGGACCACCAUCCACUAGCUACGGAGUACCAGCAGGACCAUCAAGCAUCGGACGCCCAUCCAGCCAGUACGGCGCUCCAUCUCAGGGAGGUAGCUCAUUCGGAGGACGACCAAGCCAACAGUACGGUGCUCCAUCAUCCAGUGCCCCUUCGCAGCAAUACGGUGCUCCUUCUGCAAGUGCUCCAUCUCAGCAAUACGGUGCCCCAUCCACUGCAGUAAGUCGCCCAUCCAGCCAGUACGGAGCCCCAUCCCAGGGUGGAAGCAACGGAUUUGGUAGCCGCCCAAGCCAGCAAUAUGGUGCUCCAUCUCAGGGAUCAAACGGCGGAUUCGGAGGCCGCCCAAGCCAACAGUAUGGUGCUCCAUCGCAAGGAUCCAGCAGCUUCGGUGGACGUCCAUCUCAGCAAUACGGCGCUCCAUCCAGCGGGGCUCCAUCCCAGCAGUACGGUGCCCCAUCUGGCGGUGCACCAUCUCAACAAUACGGUGCUCCAUCUGCACCAUCGCAGCAGUACGGUGCCCCAAGCGGUGGAAACGGACACGGCAGCAGUGGCCACCAGGCUAGUGCCUCGUUCGGAAACGGAUUCGCUCAAGCUUCAUCCAGCAGCCAUUCAUCGAACGGUGGUGGAUACGCUUCGAAUGGAGGAUACAGCUCUGGCGGACCACAAUCCUCCGUCCCAGCUACCCUCCCACAGUCAUACACUCAAACCGGAGGCUACAACUACUAAAAACUGACCAAACGCUGAGACUCAAACCACGUGACACGCCUUAAUCAUGAAUGUGCCUUAAAAGAUAUAAUUUAUAUGUUUGCGUUACCCGAUGUUCCAAAUCAAGCUAAAUUUUGACCUUAAACAGCACUAUCGCUCUUGGAAACCUCAGAGCAUCACUACAAAAUACUCUCAAACGAUCUGAUCAGACCAAGUCCUUAACGAAACUGUAGAAAUUUGUAACGGAACUAUGUUUUAACUGUAUGUAUAUGGUUAAUUAAUUUAAAUUAUUGUAAUAUUAUAGCUUAAUUUAAUGUUUUUGUAUGCUAGACAUGACAAAAAUAUUCGUUUUGAAGAAGAUUGAGAAGAAAGCAAACGCUUUUCCCACAAGAUAACAUACGAAGUAGUAAGAGAACACUCGUCGGUACGAACGCUGACAGCAAGAUUUCAUCCAAGCAAGCUAGCUCACAUGGUUUGUACCGACUUAUCGACGCGCGGUGAACGUACCCACACUUCAGCAGGGCCACUGAAACGAACACACGAUCACGCAUCAUAAUAUGGCCAGUGUAUGUACUCUCACAAGUAUCGUAAACAAAAACGUAAUACAUUUUGUUGAAUGCCAAUCAGGUUUUGUCCGAAAUUUGGGAUUAAUUUUCAACUGGAAAAUUGUUUCACAAAGUUGGAUGACGUUGGAUGCGAAGAUGAAGGAGUAAAAGAAGAUGAAAAAACAAAAGACAACAAUCGAAUAAAAAUGAAGCAUUUGCAAUCAUCAUUUUCCUCCAAAA